UGGACCAAAGAAAAAAGAACAAAAACCACGAAUUUUUAUUUAUUCAACGAUAGAGUGGAAGCAGAAGUGAAUGGGAAAUUGAAUUUCCAUGAGCGGUGGGGUUGUGGUUAGAAGAGAAGAGAACUUGAGAAGAUAACAUUCUCGGGUUUUGUUUUGUUGAGAAUUCUGAGCGUUUGAUUUGAUGAUCAUAACACAAUGAGGGAUAUUUGUAGGAACUUCCAGCGAGGCAGCUGUCAAUAUGGAGAAAGGUGUAGAUAUUUACAUGUUCAGCAACAGCGGAAACCUAAUGUUAAUGGGUUUGGAGGACAGAGCAGUUCUCAUCAACAGCAAAAUACAAAUCCCUUUGGAUUUGGGUCUGGCUCUGGCUCACAACAACAGCAGAAGGGUAAUCCUUUUGGUUUUGGCAAGCAUAACGGCUCCCAGUUGAAUGGGGGGCCUCAUUCUGAGAACAAACCCAACCAAUACAAGCCUUUUGAAAACAAAUGGAAUCGACAGUCAUCCAAACCCCAGCAGAACGGCGUGAAAUCUGAAAACAACCCCAAACAAUCAGAACAUCAUAUAUGCACAGAUCCUGAGAACUGCAAGCGCCAGAUUGCAGUAGAUUUUGAGCAAGAGAAACCACUUUGGAUACUUACAUGCUACAGUCAUUGCAAAGGUGCUCCUUGUGACAUUGUUGGUGAUAUUAGCUAUGAAGAAUUGCGGGCAUCAGCUUACGAGGAUGCUAAUCGUGGUAUGAGCUUGCAAUCAAUAGUUGAGAAAGAGAGAAAUAUACUAAAAUCCAAGUUGGUUGAGUUUGACAAACUACUUUCUGAACCUUACAAAAUACCAAUAAGUUCUUCUCUUGGCAGUCAAACACCCCAAUCUAUUGGAGCCAAUGCAAAUCCGUUUUCAACAUCUCAAAGUAAUGGUCCAUUGUCAGUCUCAAGCUUUAGCCAAUUGAGUACUCCAUUGAACAUGGGUUUUGAAAGGCCAUCUGCACCACUAACAAACACUCCAACGAAGCCUGGUUUCUUUGGAAGUGGAGGAAACUCUUUGGCAUCCAACACAGCAAACCUAAACAGCAAUGGUGUCUUCGGUGUUCAAAGCGGCCCAUAUUCUACACCAUUGGAUUUGAAAAUGUUUCCAGGUUCAACUCAGGAAACAUCGACUGCUUUCAGUAACUCUGGUCCCACUUCAAUGUUUCAAACAACACCAGAUGUCCAGUUGUUAAGUCAGUCCCAAGUGGAGAAAGUGUCGGUAGAUCCGAGUAUUUGGUUAAAAGAGAAAUGGAAUCCGGGAGAGAUUCCAGAAGAAGCUCCUCCUGAUACAUUUGUACGGUAGACAUUUGUGUAUUGGCAUCUGAAACACGGCACUCAAUACUAGUAGUGUUAGCAAGAUUUUGGGCCCUUCGUGGUUGAAUUAUGAUCAAUAGCAUAUUUUAGAUCACUUCAGUGCUUAUCUGGAUAGUUUUAUAUCAAUUACUGAAACGCAUGAGCUAAGGAGGCAAAAGUAAAUCCAUGUUGUAGUUCUUUCAUUUGGGCGAAAUAUUGUAAUGCCUUCUUGGAGCUAUUUUGACAAAAUAGUCCCAUUUCCAAAAUUAUUUGACUGCUCGCUCGCUGCUGCACUAUCAGGAAUUCAUUUGAUAUGGAUUUCACUCUUGUUAUGUAACCUUUUAAUGCAUUAGUGCAUUACCAUAA